UCAUCAAUACCGAUCUAUUAUGUUACAAGUCUAGUUGUAUUUCCCCACCUGCUAUACGAGAUGUUAAGGUGUGCUAGAAAUAAGCAAAAUUUCCGUGAAAACUGGUCUGAAGGCGAUAAAAUCAUAAGGCAUAUAGGCUAUCAGUAUGCUUACAAAAUCAGUCUCGUAUUCCCACCGUCACUUUCACUAUCGUACGCCCCACGAAGAGCGACGUCGGAAAUAAAGUCUUCGUGCUCAGAACCAUUUACAUUCUGCAGACGAGUCAAUUUCCGUGUUAUUGAUAAUGCAAUACUUCAAAGCAUCACGAUUUUUCCCUAUACUAUUCCCCAGAUUUCCGUGUUGCUAAACCGGGUAACCAGAAAGAAGACACGCUUAGCUGGGUAUAAAGGUACUGCUCGCGGCUACCUGGUCAGCAUUCACUCAACGUCACUUCUACUAACAGUUCAUCCCUCGAGCAGCUCAUCAUGUCUUCUAAGAUGGUCUUCGUGUUGCUGGUGAUCUCGGCCGCGGCCACAGCCGACCUUCCCAACACUUACGGGCCUCCGCAGCAUCAGUCACAGUACAAAGAGGAAGGCCGCCCAUACGACUUUUCCUACGAGGUCAAGGAUGAUUACGCAGGCACUGACUUCGGCCACAGCGCAGAGUCCGACGGCAACACUGUCCGUGGAUCCUACACCGUCCAGCUCCCCGACGGACGCAAGCAAACGGUGUCCUACGUAGCUGACCACUUUAAUGGCUAUCAGGCUGAGGUCAGCUACGAAGGAGAGGCUCAGUUCCCUCAUGAAUACGGCCCUGCUGUCACCUUCAAGCCCCAGCCCUCCUACCAGCAACCUCAACCCACCUAUCAGCAACCUCAGCCCACUUACCAGCAACCUCAGCCAACCUAUCAGCAACCUCAGCCUACAUACCAACAGCCCGAACCUACCUACCAGCAACCUCAACCCACCUACCAACGACCCCAACCCACUUACCAACGGCCCCAACCCACCUACCAGCAACCCCAGCCUUCAUACCAGUAAAAACACCACUCGUGAAUGGAACUCUGUGCCAACCAGCGCGACCACGUACAUCUACAUGUCCGAUAACGACAAUGUCAGGUAUACAUUUUUUUAUCGUAUCACUAACAACAUGAUUCAAACCGGUUAUUCGCCAGUUACAGCCCGGUUUGAGUAACGCCACUUCAUAACUCUAAUUAGCCAUAAACAAACACGGUCGCAGUUCAGUCCAAACUAGUUUUAGAGUUUACGCAUCAAGGCUUUGAUUAAAACUUGAUUACAUAUGCCUCCUUCAAUAAUUUAUCUCGCGGACUUGAUUAACAAAACGCAAAAUUGUUUCACAUGACUCCAAAAACGAAUAUUAAAUUUAAGGCAGCUGAUACGAAGUCCGCUUAUUUUAAAGAUUUUUAGCAGAUGCUCAGGUCAUAUUUAAUCAAGUAUUCUCAACCAUUCAUCUGCUUACAACUAAAAGGGCAAAAUGCUCUCGUUAUUUUUUUUACGCUGGUCAUUUUCUGGUCGUUGCAACCGCGAUACAGAAUACAUGCCACUCCCAUUCCUCUGUAUUUAUCAUAUGUUCCUAAAUCAGUGUUUAUUUUUGUUGUUACUGUUAGAGCUUCUACUUUAAGCCUGUGGGCAAGAGGUCUUGUAUUCAAUAAAUUGCUAACUACCUACUUCAA